GCCCGGGAGGGCGGGCCGGGUUCCCACUAGGAGGAGGAAGGCGGAGAGGGGAGCAGGUGAUGUGGGAGCCGGCGGGGACAUUUGCCGGCGACACCGAGCGUGGGCCGGAAGUGGAGGAGCCGCGAGCGGCGCCGCAAGAGCUCCGGGCUAGACCGUGGCGACGGCGGCGGCCCCUCGGCUGGAGGAGGACGAUGAGGAGCGACGGAAGCGGCGCGGGGGGACGCUGCCGCGCGGCAACGGAUUCCGUGUCCGCGGCCCACUGCGCAGCCUGCGAGCAGGUCUAAGACACUUACGAAGAGCUACAAUGGAAAAAUCCUGGAUGCUGUGGAACUUUGUUGAAAGAUGGCUAAUAGCUUUGGCUUCGUGGUCUUGGGCCCUUUGCCGUAUUUCUCUUUUACCUUUAAUAGUGACUUUUCAUCUGUAUGGAGGCAUUAUCUUACUUUUGUUAAUAUUCGUGUCAAUAGCAGGUAUUCUGUAUAAAUUCCAGGAUGUAUUGCUUUAUUUUCCAGAGCAGCCAUCUUCUUCACGCCUUUAUGUUCCCAUGCCCACUGGUAUUCCACAUGAAAACAUUUUCAUCAGAACCAAAGAUGGAGUGCGUCUGAACCUUAUUUUGAUAAGAUACACUGGAGACAAUUCGCCCUAUUCCCCGACUAUAAUUUAUUUUCAUGGGAAUGCAGGCAACAUAGGUCACAGGUUACCAAAUGCAUUGCUUAUGUUGGUUAACCUCAAAGUUAAUCUUUUGCUUGUUGAUUAUCGAGGAUACGGAAAAAGCGAAGGAGAAGCGAGUGAAGAGGGACUCUACCUGGAUUCUGAAGCUGUGCUAGAUUACGUGAUGACUAGACCUGACCUUGACAAAACAAAAAUUUUUCUUUUUGGCCGUUCCUUGGGAGGAGCGGUGGCUAUCCAUCUGGCUUCCGAAAAUUCACAUCGGAUUUCGGCCAUUAUGGUGGAGAACACGUUUUUAAGCAUACCGCAUAUGGCCAGCACUUUAUUUUCAUUCUUCCCAAUGCGUUACCUUCCUUUAUGGUGCUACAAAAACAAAUUCUUAUCCUACAGAAAAAUCGCUCAGUGCAGAAUGCCUUCUCUUUUUAUCUCUGGGCUCUCCGACCAGUUAAUUCCACCAGUAAUGAUGAAGCAACUCUAUGAACUGUCCCCGUCUCGGACUAAGAGAUUAGCCAUUUUUCCCGACGGGACUCAUAAUGAUACGUGGCAGUGCCAGGGCUACUUUACUGCCCUGGAACACUUCAUCCGAGAAGCAAUAAAAAGCCGUUCUCCCGAAGACAUGGCACAGACCUCACCCAACGUCACGAUUAUAUGAUGCUCUUCUGUUUGAUUAACGCACUGUAUUUUAAUUUGCGCGGAACGAUAAAGAAUGUUCCUUUCUACAAGUGUGUUAUGUCUGUACUUGUCUGAAGAGUGACAUUAAACCCUGAAAGGACUUCAGUGCUCCUUUGAGACGAUCCAAAUAGUUUUUGACAUGUGAAGAACUGUAAUUCUUGGGAUUAUUUCAUAGUUUUCAUCAAACCUUUCAAUGUGGUCAUGUAUCCGUAUCUUUCGUUUAAUAUGCCAGUAUAAUAGCAUAUUGUAUUCAAAAGUUUCUUGUUGCCAAAAUGGUGUGCUUCGCGUGGCACUUGGAUCCGUGGCUGGGUGUGGAAGGAGAUCUGCCAACGAGAAACCUUUGAGUAUUAUUCCUUUAGUAAGUACCGGGACAAUCAUGGCAAGCAAACUUAGUUCUGUAACUGCAUUCUUCACCUUAAAAGUUAAAAUGAAAUGCAUGAUGGUAUUUUAGUCCUUGAAUUAUGCAAUGCAUCGUUUUUACUGUAAAUAGCACUGGUCAUUGACCGACAUAUACGGUAACCUGGGUUAUAUCUAUUUUGAUGUAAACUCUAUUUUGUUUUCGGCGAGAAGUGAAAUCGAGGCCUGUGUGCCGGCUGCCAUUGCAUUUUGCUCUGGUGAAUGCUGAGAUCCAGCUUUUUCUUACAAGUAAAUGGGACCCCAUUUUCCAAUAUAAAUGUACCGUGUUUUGUUAGGUACAGUCUGGAUCAUAGCAUGUAAAAAUAGAAAUUUAGAAUUUUACUGCAGCUUUGAUGUGCACAUUUGAACUUUUUAACAUUUGUAAUUUUGGUGGCAAAGAGAAUUUUAGCUUCUGUCGAUUUUGUAAGUCUACAGCUCAACCACUAAUAGCGAUCAUAAUGACAAUUAGAACUUGUUUAAGAAAUAAAUUGGCGAGGCUUAUCAUUACAUGAUUGUACAGACUAUUUUACAGAAAUUCCCACACUUGAGUUUUAAGUCCAGUAUCUAGAUAUAUCUAGCCCACAACAGCCAAGAUAUCAUUUAUUGGACUUUCUGAAAAUAAAAGUUACAAAACCAAAAGCAAAAAACCUGUUCUUUGGUUUAAUGUUUCAGUUGUUCUUCUAUAGAGCAUUAAAAGACAGUUUCAGGAAGUUUUCUUUUUCUCCUCCACAUAGGAGUGUGGGAAUGAAGGAACUCAAGAAGUUUUUCUUACAGAACCUAUUACCACAUUUAACAAUUGCGUGGCUAGAAGUGAGAAGUAGUAUUUAGACUUAGAGAAGAGUAAGAAAAAAAAAAAGAGCCCGUAAAACUUGCAGAACAUACCUUAAAAAAUAUAAGCUAUGGGGUAUAAUUGUGCUACGUUGUUUCAGGCUGUCCUCAAAAAUUAGAUGUAAUUGAGCUCUGUACAUUAUGUCAGCUUUAACAUAGAAUAUUUUGAAUAUUUAGCUAUAUUUAUUGGCUUUGUGCAAGCGGCUAGAGCAGAGAAAUCAUGGGUCAAUAUUCUUGACCUUAAUUUUAGAAUCUUUCCAUGGAGAUAGGGCUAGAGAUACUUUUGCCAAAUAACAUUCUUAUUCACUUUAUGUCAGUAUUUAGAAAAAAAUUCUAGCAAGUAUGAUUUCCUGUUUUUCUAUAAAUUAUUGUUUAAAAGUCAUGCUUUAAAAAAAAAGUUGGUAAUGCAUAUCAUGGAAGGCGUAUUUUUAUGUAUAAAUUCACCACAAUUAAAGGAUACUUUUCAUCUUAUUGGUCAUUGCGAUGUAGAAUGACUCUCCUAAAUAGUAGUGUAUUCAAAAGAAAAAAGUUAAUACAACAAUCGUAGUGUACUUAGACAUGAGCUUACUUGGUGCACCUUAGCUUGUAUCAUCUUUAAGGUUUGGAGUACCUUUGUAUGUUUCCCUGUAACCAUUUAGCGUAGUACUUGUGAAGGGGUUUAUCCACUUUAGUUGUAAUGAGUAUUAUGCUGAUGAAGUAUAAAAGCUUUUUCUUCAUCAGUGUUUUGUUCUUAUGCUGCUUUUUUUUUUUAAGGUUUAUAAACAAAUUUUUCCCCCCUCUAAAGCCAGGCUUUCAAAAGUUGCACAGUACUCGUGUAUUCACCCCCACCUUCAUUCUCUUCGGAUUAAGGGGCAUUUGUUCCUGCAGCAGAGGGAAGGGACUGUGUUUAGGGUGGUAGGACAUCAUUCUUUCCUGGCUUCUGUAUCUGAGAUUUCCUUAGAUGGGAAGAGGGCAGAAAACAAACUCUUGUGGUCAGAGGUCCAUGAAGCCUGUGACAUCGUUUUUUCACAACAUGUCUAAUUUUGUGGCCAAAGCAGUUGGUCUUAAUAAAAUGUGAAUUCUUCAUGAGUCACUCCUUCAUUGGGACCCAGGUUUUAGUGGGAAUAGAAGUGUGUCCACCUCGUGUAUUAAUUUCUGGCUCAUUUUGCAAGAGCAGCUGUAAUAAGAGUUUAUGAAUGCAUUUUAAGUUUUUAAGCUACUGUAAACUUGGAAAUCCUAGAAUGAUUUUAAAUCUGUCAAGAUACAAUUCAUUUAGAGAAAGUUCCGAUAUUUUAAAAGGGAUCAUUGGGGCGGGGCGAGUGGGGGAUGGCAAAAAGGACACUCAAAAGGAGAUUGUAGAAUAUGGGGAGAAAUAGUUUGUGAUGCAUAAAAGGUGCUAAAUGAAGAGAAAUGGCUGGAAAGGGAUACGUGACGUGGUUCUUCAGUGUCGAUCCAGGAAAUGACAAAACGACUAACAGAUAAGGUUGGGCGAAAAGGCUGCCUAACUGUGCAGGACAAAACGUUCGAAUGCAUGUUGCCUCUAACCAAGAAAGUGACUAGAGCACCUGACGUUGCAAAUACCUUGACUGUAAAAUUGGCAUUUUUAUCAAAAUGGUAUUUUCAAUUUUGUUACAGGGCAGCUUAAACUGAUUUUUUUUUUUUCAUGAUGAGCUGUAGACACUUGGUAAUCACCCAAGUUCCAGCUUUGGUGAUGUAUCAGUUGCAUUGUGGUUCUCAUUGAGAAUUCAUACCACCCGAUGCAUUUAUAUUCAUUUCUUAUUUUUGUAAGAUUUGGUUUGAGGUGGGAAUAGGUUUGUUUGGUCCAAUACGGAAUGAAGGCCAUAUUCAAUUUUAUAUAAAUUAUCUCCCAAUCUCAGUUUAAGAGAAAUUUCAUUGUUGAGUCCCUUUCUUCCUUAAGGCUAGGAAAAAAUAGGGUAAACUUUUUAAAGGAUGUCACAGAAGUCACUUUUAAAAUUAGGUCAUGAUUGAGAUGUAUUGAACUCCUCCAGUGACCACUCCCCUCCAUGUUUCCUAUUAAGUUUGACAACAAUUAUGAAGAAAAAAAACUGUGAAAAAUACUAGUUACAAUGCUUUUGGAUUAUCCACUUAAGUUUGUGUAUUUUCAUAUCACUCAGGUAAAGUUGGAAAUGACAGAGCACAGACAUCUAUUUUUUAAAUCAAUAGGGUAGAAAAUGAAAAGCACUUCUGUUUAUUUAUAUUACCAUAUAUGCAAUCAUCUUAGCUAAUCAGACAUAAUAUAUUCAUUUGUAUAGCAAAAUAAAUGCAUUCAUCCUAAUUAUAGCCAACACGUUUUUGCCAAAUGGUGCAAAUAUACCUCCAUUUAUAUUUUGUAUCUUAAAAUUGUAGUUUAAAAAUAGGACUAUGUAUAAGAGACACUUUUUACAAAAAGUGCCAUAUAUACAUAUGUAACAGGGAUGAGUGUGUGUUGUUUCAUAUAAUUUAUAACAAUUUCUGUCAGUACAGUGAAUACUGAAAAUGUGUUUUCAACACAUCUAGGUACAUUCAGGAUAAGAGAAGUUAACCCAGUCUCACGAUGUAAAUCAUAUUUUUGUUAUUUGCCAUAUUUUAUUUGAAGCAGUAAUACAAUUUUAUAACAAAUUUGAAUGUUAUAGUACACAGUGUACUAGCCAUAGCAAGCAAACAUUUACAUUGGGUUUUUCAUUUACAAUAGAUUUCUUUUAGAAUAUACUUUCUAUUUUUCUGUACUGACAUAUGCAAUAAAUUGAUAACAUUAAAAGUUUGAUUAAUGUCUUAAGAUAGUUUGUAUUUAGUCUCCCCCCCCCCCAAUUUUCUAUUAGCCUAAAUUAUAUGGUAGAACAUUAAGGUUUCCUUAAUGGUUAAAUAAAAUUUCUGAAUUUGUGCGGAAAUUAAUGAAUUUUUAUUGUAGUAAUGGUGUGGAUGAUAAGUGUAAGUUAGAUUUAUAUUCUCUUUUUUCAUAUUAUUCUCCCACAGACAUUUAAUUUAAUAGUAAAUGUUUUCUGUAUAUGAGCUGCUGGUGAAUGAAUAGGCCCCAAAGCAUUUGAUGAGUUAAAUGAAUCUGGGAAUGAAUAAAUUUUAACUGUUCACAGUC